GGGGUGCGGUGCAGGGCUGCCCCGGGCACACGUGGCUCAGCCCCCCAAAAAGGCACUCCCAGCCAGAAGGAGCGGGCAGUUCGUACCUCGGCCCCUGCAGAGGCGCCGUCGGUCCGGUCGGUGGGUACCGGUGCGCAGGGGCUGCAGUUGGCAACGGAGCGGCGGCUCCUGCCCUUGAGGAGGCAGCUCCGGGCUUGGGGUGGCCCUACCUGCAGGCACUAUGAACCUGACAGCCGAGAGCCACCGCAUCCCGCUCAGCGACGGGAACAGCAUCCCGCUGCUGGGGCUGGGCACCUACGCCGACCCCCAGAAAACUCCCAAAGGUACCUGUUUGGAGUCAGUGAAGAUUGCCAUUGAUACUGGUUACCGCCAUAUUGACGGUGCCUUUGUCUACCACAAUGAGCAUGAAGUGGGACAAGCCAUCCGGGAGAAGAUUGCUGAAGGAAAGAUCAAGAGAGAAGACAUUUUUUACUGUGGCAAGCUGUGGAAUACCUGCCACCCCCCAGAGCUGGUGCGUCCCACACUGGAGAAAACCCUGAAGAUCAUGCAGCUGGACUAUGUUGACCUCUACAUUAUUGAGCUGCCAAUGGCUUUCAAGCCUGGAGAUGCAAUCUACCCAAGAGAUGAAAAUGGAAAGUUUAUCUACCAUGAGACAGAUUUAUGUGCCACUUGGGAGGCAAUGGAAGCAUGUAAGGAUGCAGGCUUGGCAAAGUCUAUUGGUGUAUCCAAUUUCAACCGCAGGCAGCUGGAGAUGAUCCUGAACAAGCCAGGACUUAAGUACAAACCUGUCAGCAACCAGGUUGAAUGCCAUCCCUAUUUCACCCAACCCAAACUAUUAGAAUUUUGCAGACAACACGACAUUGUUAUUGUUGGAUACAGCCCAUUGGGAACAUCAAGGGAUGCAUCAUGGGUAAAUGUGUCCUCACCUCCUUUACUGAAGGAUCCUGUGCUGAAUGCCAUAGGCAAAAAGUACAACAAGACAGCUGCACAGGUUGCUUUGCGCUUCAACAUCCAGCGAGGGGUGGUGGUCAUCCCAAAAAGCUUCAAUCCACAACGCAUCAGAGAGAAUUUCCAGAUCUUUGACUUCACUCUCAGUGAAAAAGAGAUGAAAGAAAUCGAAGCCCUGAACAAAAACGUUCGUUAUGUGGAACUGUUAAUGUGGCGUGACCAUCCAGAGUAUCCCUUCAACGACGAAUACUGAAAAAAGCGUGUCUGAGAAGGUUCCUGGCUCGUUGCUGUUAAACUUUGCUGAAAGAGACCCAGCAUUUGGUGCUUUUACUUCAUGGGAAACUGUUCAAAUCAGCAUUAAAAACAUGGCAUUUA